AUGGCUCUCACAACCCCCCGCAUCCUCCCCGGACAUCUCCAUGCCUUUCUACCCUCCCCAACCAACCGCACGCCGAAUGCCGUCCGAAUCUUUGGUGUCGUGGCAAAGCUUCACGGCGAGACUGCGACACUAUCCUGUCCUAAUCACGGCGAGGUCACGCUGGUUCUAAGCAGGGAUUCGCAUCUCCAGGUCGGAAAAAUGUUUGAUGUUGUUGGGAAGGUGGUGGAAAUCGAGGGGGGUGCUGGAAUACGGGUUUUGGGAGCUGUUGAUUGUGGGAAUCCGAAUGAGUGUGAUUAUAAAAUAUACGAACACGUUGUCGAGAUGACGCAUCGGUUUAAGGAUGUAUUUUAUACCGCAAGUUCAUGA